CGGGGAGACGCCGGCCGUAGUCACGCCGGCUCCGCAAUCGCUCAGACGCGGUCCGACGGCUACUACUAUUUGCUUUUCUAUGUGAAUACAUGAGGAUAUCUUUCAUGAGAAUUUCGAGACAUCAUAACUCUUGAAUACUCAGAUGCGACAUAACUGAAGUAAAAGUUACACCAUUCAUUGUGUGAUUCUUUAAACAUGGCAAACGUAAUUGUCGUUGCAGGGGCUGGCGUGAGUGGCCUCACUUCAGCACUGCUCCUUUCGAGGAACAAGGCCAACAAGGUCACGGUGGUUGCGAAACACAUGCCUGGUGACUAUGACAUUGAAUAUGCCUCUCCUUGGGCUGGAGCCAAUGUGUUGCCAAUGGCCGACGACGAGAAUAGCAGAUGGGAACGCCGUACCUGGCCAGAGUUGAAGCGUCUGACAGAAGAGGUGCCCGAAGCAGGAAUCCACUUUCAGAAAGCCCGUGUUUAUAGAAGAAUGAAAGAUGAAACAGCGCCAGGCUAUCAUCCUUCUGAUCCGCUAUUCCACGCGAAUCCCUGGUAUAAAUCCGUGCUCCCGGAUUAUCGCGAGCUGAGCCAAGAGGAAGUCAUUCCGGACCAUGAUUCGGGAUGCGAAUUCACAAGUGUGUGCAUCAACACGGCCAUUUACCUCCCGUGGCUCCUUGGCCAGUGUGUCAAGAACGGCGUCGUCUUUAAAAGGGCCGUCUUGUCGGAUAUUCAGGAUGCAAAGGCGCUGAGCCACACAGGCCAGCCGCCAGAUAUCAUCAUUAACGCUACUGCGCUGGGCUCUCUCAAAUUGGGCGGUGUCGAGGACACGGCCAUGGUUCCUGCUCGCGGACAGGUAGUUGUCGUGCGGAACGAGUGCUCUCCCAUGAUUGCCACGUCGGGCACUGACGAUGGCGAGACGGAAAUGGCUUACAUCAUGCAGCGCGCUGUGGGUGGAGGAACCAUCUUGGGGGGAACGUACGAUGUGGGCAACUGGGAGUCUGUGCCGGAUCCGAAUAUUGCGAUUCGGAUCAUGCAGAGAGCGGUGCGGGUUGCGCCGGGGCUGGCGGGGGGCAAAGGCGUUGAAGGGUUGAGCAUUAUUAGGCACGGCGUUGGGCUGCGGCCUUGUAGGAAGGGAGGCGUGAGGAUUGAAGAGGAGCGUUUGGAGGAUGGGACGAGUGUUGUGCACAACUAUGGCCAUGCGGGCUGGGGAUAUCAGGGAUCGUAUGGAUGUGCUGAGAGGGUCGUGGAGUUGGUGGAAGAGAUUCAGAAGAGGAGGGCGAAGAGCUAAGAGGGACUACCUCGUUCAAUUUUAUACGAUGUUUUACAUGUCUUGUUCUUGUAAAGCCAUAGUGUUGAGAUGUUUGUCUCACGGCUCAUUCCAUGUAUACGGCGGUUCGUUGAGGCCGAUAAGCGGGUCUAUGCAAUUUCCGGG